CGAAAACAAAUAUUGUCAACGUCAAUGGGUUAUUCCCUUCGCGUUACAUUUAAAGUUAUUUCUUACAAUUUGGAUAUGUUAAUAUAGAAAAUAUUUGUUAAUUACCUUAAUGGUUACUGCUGUUUGCCUGAUGUAUUUAUAAAAUUGUACAAUAAAUAUAAAUCCGCUUGAUAAACGAAUAAGAAGCGGUAAAAUGCAAAUUAUGAACAGAGGAAAACGUACAGGCACAGGACAUGUUAUGGUCGUUUUGUUCUUGUGCCUGUUUUGGUACAUAAUAUCAUCAAGCAAUAAUGUAAUUGGGAAAAUGGUUCUAAAUCAAUUCCCUUAUCCAAUGACAGUGACUAUGGUACAAUUAUGUAGUAUAACCCUUUAUAGUGGACCAUUUUUCAACCUAUGGCGAAUACGAAAAUAUCAAGAUAUUGAAAGAGGCUAUUACUGGCGACUAAUCAUACCACUAGCUUUAGGUAAAUUUCUAGCAUCUGUGACAUCUCAUAUAUCUCUGUGGAAAGUGCCUGUUUCUUACGCACAUACAGUGAAAGCAACAAUGCCAUUAUUUACAGUCAUAUUAACACGUUUACUCUUUCGCGAAAAGCAACCUUCUUUAGUAUAUUUAAGUUUACUACCAAUUAUAACCGGAGUAGCGAUUGCGACAAUGACAGAAAUAUCCUUCGAUUUAAUGGGUUUAAUAAGUGCACUCAUCUCUACAAUGGGUUUUUCACUACAGAAUAUUUACUCAAAAAAGGUGCUAAAGGAUACAGGUAUACAUCACUUACGUUUGCUACAUUUGCUUGGCAAAUUAGCACUCUUAAUGUUCUUGCCAAUUUGGAUUUAUGUAGAUAGUUUUCAAGUUAUAAAACAUCCAGCAAUUACGAAUUUAGAUUACCGUGUUAUUGCGUUACUUUUUGCUGACGGUGUAUUAAAUUGGCUACAAAAUAUUAUAGCUUUCAGUGUAUUAUCCUUAGUUUCACCACUAACCUAUGCGGUUGCUAGUGCAUCCAAACGAAUUUUUGUCAUAGCUGCAUCGUUAUUUAUUUUAGGUAAUCCUGUAACUUGGGUGAAUUGUUUUGGCAUGACGUUAGCUAUAUUCGGAGUGCUAUGUUAUAAUCGGGCAAAACAAAUUUCAAAAGAUAAAACUAUUUUACCACUUGCCGAAAAAACUACAAUCAAAUAUGAACCAUUACGAAAUACUAGAGAUACACAUUACAGAAACUCAGCAACAUCUAUAGCUACACCAAAUGGCUCCGCAAACAGUCGUACUCCUUAUAAUAAAUAUGGGCAAACGAAUGCUCUAUUGGCAAACAGCAAUAUACCAAAUGGUGGUGCAAAUACAUUAAUAUUUGUUUAGUACAAUUUAAUAUAUAUUGAAAUCCUCAAAUUUUUAGUAAAUUAUUAGUUAAUUUUACAACUCUGCGUUAUAUAUCAAGUUAGUUAUCUAACUAAAAAAGGAUUCCUAUAUAUGUUAGUAUUUGUUUGUAAAACAAUCGCACAUUUUGUAUAUA